AUGGUUCUGUCUGUAGAUGUUCUUUGUCAGAGAUGGCGAAAGCUCUAUGUAGGGGAUUGUGCCGAUACGACUCAUCGACCGAAAGAAAAGCAAACAUGUAAACGUGGAGGACGACAACGCAGGGCACUUUACAUUCAUCAAGAAUCUAUCCCGACUAGUCAGCUCACAACUUACUCGAGCGCAAAAUUGGAGAUUCACAGCGAAGACUAUGGAAAAUUAAACGAUUGUGUGAUGAGAUUGACGAGCGAGGACAAAUGGUUGAGUUUCGACACCCACAGAAGAAAGGAGCGCAUCCCAUUCGUUGUCUAUGCCGACUUAGAGUAUGCUUUGGAAAAGAUGGAAUCCUGA